UCAUCGAAGGGAUCAAUGGCUGCUCUCGCUUCCUCAUCCUCCUCCCUCCUCUUCUCUCCCCCUUCUCUCUCCUCCUCUCCUCAUCCUCCGCGCCUCUCUCUCUUCCUCUCUCUUCCUCACUCCUCUCCAUCUCUCUCCUUCUCUCUCUCCAUCUCCUCCUCCUCCCCUUCUUUCCUCGUCAAGCCUCACUCCACUCCACACUCUGCCUCCUCCUUCUCCAUCAAUGCCGCCACCGCCGCCGAGAAGAAGAAGGUGCUCAUCGUCAACACCAACAGCGGGGGCCACGCCAUCAUCGGCUUCUACUUCGCCAAGGAGCUCCUCGCCUCCGGCCACUCCGUCACCGUCCUCACCAUCGGCGAGGAGGGCUCUGACAAGAUGAAGAAGCCCCCUUUCACCCGAUUCUCGGAAAUUGUGAGUGGAGGGGGCAAAACGGUGUGGGGAGACCCAGGGGGUGUGGGGAAAGUGGUGGGAGGAGAAGCAUUUGAUGUAGUUCUUGACAACAAUGGCAAGGACUUGGAUGCUGUCAGGCCGGUUGCAGAUUGGGCAAAGAGCACCGGAGUGAAGCAAUUCCUCUUCAUCAGCAGCGCCGGAAUCUAUAAGCCAACUGAUGAACCGCCUCACGUCGAAGGGGAUGCUGUGAAAGCCGACGCUGGUCAUGUUGGAGUAGAGAAGUACAUUUCAGAGAUCUUCGACAACUGGACAUCGUUCCGUCCACAGUACAUGAUUGGAUCAGGCAACAACAAAGAUUGCGAGGAGUGGUUCUUCGAUCGAAUCGUCCGAGACAGGCCCGUACCGAUCCCCGGUUCGGGGAUGCAGCUGACUAACAUCUCCCAUGUUAGGGACCUGUCAUCUAUGCUCACUCAAGCAGUUGAGAACCCAACUGCUGCAUCUGGAAACAUCUUCAACUGUGUCAGUGACCGCGCCGUGACAUUGGACGGAAUGGCAAGGCUAUGUGCUAAGGCUGCUGGCCGAGAAGUCACUAUUAUGCACUACGAUCCCAAGACAGUUGGAGUGGAUGCCAGGAAAGCCUUCCCCUUCCGUAACAUGCACUUCUAUGCAGAACCAAGAGCAGCGAAAGAGAUUUUGGGGUGGAAAGGUACCACAAACCUCCCUGAAGAUUUGAAGGAACGGUUUGAGGAGUACGUGAAGAUCGGCAGAGACAAGAAGCCAAUGGAAUUUCCGAUAGAUGAUAAGAUACUCGAGUCUAUUAAAGUUCCAGUAGCUGUGUAAAAAGCAUGUGUCGCGAAACUUUCCCCCUAGAUGUCAUAUUGACUAGCGCAAAGUACUCCUUUUUCGGCUUCUACCCUCCUUGUAAUUCUUGUAUUGGCUUAUUGAAGACGUAUGUCACUUGCUAAGGUCGAACAACUUCUUAAAUAAAAAGCAAGACUCCAAGUGAGAACUCAAAGAACA